UGUUUUCCUCAUUCUAGUAAAAAAAAUACGACAGCGCAUAAAGACAAUAUUUAAUCUGUGAUUUAUUAAAUGGGCAUUCAAACUAAACUGUCAAACAUCUAAUAUACAGUAAUAGCAUAAUUUAUGUGCUUGUAUUAAGUUUUGAGGAUGUAAUUAGUUAUUUUGCCUUAAAUUACUGGAACAUGAACUAGAGCUGCAGCAUAUGGCUGAACAAAAGCUCAGACGGAGAUUGAAUGGCACCACCUCCAACACUUGUCCCACACUGAUGCCUCUACAAUGAUCCGUGGAAAAGCUCAAGCCCUGAGUGAAGAAUGGCAAGGUUUAGGCGCAAGACUUGCAUCACAUUAAUUGCCUUGGCGUUGCUCAUACUCAUCAUAACUGUGGUCUUAAAGGCGCUCGAACCUGAAGACCCUCCUUUCGGCGGCCCAGACGGCUUUGAGCUGUUUCCAGACAUAAACCAUGACCCACAGAUCCACAGAGACGUGGAGAAAAAACCAGAGAAGAUCAAAAUGAACGACUCAGCUCAGUCUGUCAGGGAUGCAGAGCUUGAAGCCACGCUGAGGAAGUACCCUCCUCCAAACUACUACCUCCAUGCUUUCUACUAUGUGUGGUAUGGAAACCCCAAGUUUGAUGGCAAAUACAUCCACUGGGACCAUCCACAGCUACCACACUGGGACUUUAAGGUGGCUCAGGGAUAUCCACAAGGAAGACACAGCCCCCCUGAUGAUGUUGGAGCCAACUUUUACCCAUCUUUAGGGGCGUACAGUUCCAGGGACCCCUCUGUCUUAGAGUCUCAUAUGCAGCAGCUGCGAACAGCAGCCAUCGGUGUCAUCGCUGUUUCCUGGUAUCCUCCCAAGACCAAUGAUGACAACGGUGAGCCCAUAGAUGAGAUUGUGCCUUUGUUGUUGGAGGUGGCACAUAGGUACCACAUUAAGGUCACUUUUCACAUUGAGCCAUAUAAAGGAAGAGAUGAAGUCAACAUGCGCACUAAUGUCAAAUACAUCAUUGAAAAAUACGGAGAGCAUCCAGCAUUUUUCAAAUACCGCACAAACACUGGCAAACUUCUUCCACUUUUUUAUGUGUAUGACUCGUAUCUGAUGAACUCGGAGCAGUGGAAGAAGCUGCUGAAACACACGGAGAGCAGCAGCAUCAGGGACACCCCGUAUGACGCCAUCUUCAUCGCCCUGCUGGUUGAGGACAAACACAAGAGGGAUAUCGUGACUGCAGGGUUUGAUGGAGUCUACACCUACUUUGCCACUAAUGGGUUUUCCUAUGGCUCCACUCAGCGUAACUGGGGCUCCAUUAAAGCUUUUUGUGAAGACAACAACCUGAUAUUCAUUCCAAGUGUGGGGCCAGGAUAUAUUGACACGAGCGUUCGACCCUGGAACUUUCAAAACACUCGAAACCGCAUCAAUGGCAAGUAUUAUGAAACCUCUCUGAGUGCAGCGUUAGAAGCCCGGCCUGAUUUCAUCUCUAUCACAUCUUUUAACGAGUGGCAUGAGGGGACUCAGAUUGAAAUGGCAGUUCCUAAAGCCAGUCAAACUGUGUAUCUGGACUAUCUGCCCAAUAAACCAACUAUCUACCUGGAAAUAACUCGCAAAUGGGGAGCGAUAUUUGGUGGUGAGCGACGAAGAUGGCAGGACUGAUCGAAUAGAUUAAAUGACAAUAAAGUGUAACUUUAUCUGCAGAAAAUGUGACAAAACACAAAUGAUGAAUACUUGUAUGAUAAAAAACCAAAUGAUUGGCAGAGUUGACUACUUCAUUAUAAUUUUGGCUGCAGUGUUGUCUGCGGUCUCAGAUAAAUUACUUUCAAUUCACCUAUUGUCUUAUUAUUUGUCGUUUACAGACCAUACACAUUUAGAUAUGAUUCAUGGCUGUCCUCGCAUAACCUGAAUAGAAGUGAAAUAUGUCACCGAGAGGAGAGAAGGCGGUUGGCAUCUGCCUUUAAUACAAGUCAAACUUGCUCUUUCAGGUUCCUUCCCGGCUAAAGGAUUAACUCCCUUUAACUUGUUGAUGCAGGUAGCCGAUGAGUGACAGGAUCGCAGCUUUGUCCUUUCUUUCCUUUUCUUUGUUAGUUCACCGUCUCAUGAAUGCUGUGUGUGUUGUCAUGGUAUCAAAGUGGUUGCAUGAGUCACCGGAAUAAACUGAUCAGAUAUUGGAACUGCAUUGCUGCUUAUAUUUGUCUUCUCAAGUUCACAUCACAAACCAGAUCUAUGCGUGGACUGUGACAGGAUUUUCUUUAUUACACCAUAAAAUGUAUUUGAAAUGAAGCAGAUGAAUCACUAUUGGCUGUAAGAGAAAUGGCCUAAGAAGUAUUUCCUAUAAUGUCUUAUUCGCUUUAUCUAGCGUCUUAUUAAUAUUUGAGUUAAUAGUAGAUGACUUUACUGUUGGUGCUUUCAAAAUCAAGGACAUCAACACGAUGCAAUGUAUAAUAAAGUCACAAUAAGAGUUGUUUUUAUUAGAUAAGGCUAUGGAUGAGCUGUAAACUGGGUAACGUAAAGGCCUAAAAGAUAAAUAGGGGAUAAGUGAGGUGGAAUAAUUGGGUUAAGACAGGGAUCAGCAACCCGCGGCUCCGCCGUAGUGGCUCCUGUAGCUUUUUGCAAAAUGUUUGACCUUUUUUUUCCUUUUUUCUCUUUUUCUUUUUUCUUUUUUUCUUCCUUUUUCCUUUUGCUUUUUAAUCUCGAC